AUGGCAGAGAACGAGCAACGGCACGCUUCGCCGUCUAUAGACAGUGCCACGACCAACACAGGCCCAUCGGAGAGUUCAACUCCACCACUCAGCGCACAAGUGAGCACCGACCCGGAGAAGGGUGCGCGGCCGGAGAAGACCCAGACAUCAGAACAAAAGGGACCGGAGGAUCCUGAGGCCCAAAAGCAAGAUGUGGCCCCGAUGUCGACUCCCGCAACGCCGGCGCCAGGUCCUCCACCGGACGGAGGCGCAAAGGCCUGGUUCACUGUGCUCGGCGCGUUCUGCGGAUUGUUCGUUAGUAUCGGUGUCUUCCAGACAUACUAUGAGAGCCAUCAGUUGAGCGGCAUGUCUACCAGCACUGUGACCUGGAUCACCUCGCUAGAGACCUUCGUCAUGUUCCUGGGUGUAAGUACUGCUUUCUCUGAUACUACCUCGAUCAUGCUAACAACUCAUCAGGGACCCGUCUUCGGAACACUUUUCGACAACUUCGGUCCGCGCUGGCUCAUCCUAGCUGGCACAAUUCUGCACGUCUUCGGCCUGAUGAUGGCCUCGCUCUCAUCAGAGUACUACCAAUUCCUCCUCUCGCAAGGAAUCUGCAGCCCGCUCGGCGCGAGUGCCGUCUUCUACGCCUGCAUCAACUCCGUCAGCACCUGGUUCGCCAAACGCCGCGCCUUUGCCCUGGGCGUCACAGCCGCUGGGUCGAGUCUGGGCGGUGUCAUCUUCCCCAUCAUGGUCACCCAACUGAUUCCCAAGGUCGGAUUCGCCUGGACGAUGCGCAUCUGCGCAUUCAUGAUUCUGGCCCUGCUGGGCGUCUCCAAUCUCACGGUGCGUUCGAGGCUGCAGCAUCGCCGCAAGCCGUUCCAUAUCCUCAACUUCCUCAAGCCGCUCACCGAGCUGCGGUUCGUGCUCACGGUUGCGGGCGCUUUCUGUGUCUUCUGGGGCAUGUUCCUGCCUUUUACCUUUGUGAUUACCCAGGCGAUGCGGUACGGCAUGUCAGAGCAUCUGGCCAACUACCUGGUUCCCAUUCUGAAUGCAGCGAGUAUCUUCGGCCGAACAGUCCCGGGCUAUAUCGCCGACAAAAUCGGUCGCUUCAACGUCUUGAUUUUAACCACCUUCCUCUCUGCAAUCUUGGUGCUGGCGCUCUGGCUGCCCGCGCGCGGCAACGUGCCCGCCAUCAUCUUCAGCGCCCUGUAUGGCUUCAGCUCCGGUGCGUUUGUGUCGCUCGCCCCUGCUGUCGUCGCUCAGAUCUCUGACCUGCGCGAGGUGGGUGUUCGCAACGGCACCUUCUUUGCUGUUAUCUCUUUUGCGGCGUUGACGGGUACGCCCAUUGGUGGUGCGCUCGUUCCCGAUGUGCUGCAUGGGUCUUAUACCAAGCUGCAGAUCUUCUGCGGUGUGGUGAUUUUCGCGGGUGCGACUUUCUUUGUCGCCGCGAGGACUGUUGUGGGUGGGUUCAAGCUCAAUAAGGUGUAA